AUGAUGAUCAUCACACCGCUGGCUCUGCUUGUAGUUUCCACGGUAUCUUUGGAUACCGUCACAGCCUUAAACAACUUGCGCAUGACCUCACGCAAACCGCAGACAUACGCGCAGUAUGAAGACUACUGCCAGGAGAUGUUGGACGCUGUGAACGUCGAACGGUCCAAGGAGGGUCUUGCACCGCUGUGCAGUAACAAUAAGCUAUCAGCUGCUGCCAAACGUCACUCAGACGAUAUGGCUGCGCAAGACUUUAUGGCCCACGUCGGCUCGGAUGGCUCCACGAUGUCGCAGCGUAUCACGGCCUCUGAAUACGAGUGGGACGCCAUUGCUGAGAACGUCGCUGCCGGCCAGGAAGACGUCACUUCGGUCAUGGUAUCCUGGAUGAACUCGAAAGGCCACCGCGCGAACAUUUUGGGUCCAGACUACACCAUGCUGGGCAUGGCGUACGCCUACAACGGUGAGAGCAAAUACAAGCACUAUUGGACACAGGACUUUGGUACUGGUGGUACAGAAACAUGUGAUAGCGGCAACGCGACCGACUCACCGACGACUGACCUAGCGCAAGUGCAGACUCAGGAUGACACUUCAGCUUCAGCUGCAACGUCUCAAGAAGAGACCUCGGACACCACGACCGUGGCCACGCCUGCGCCCUCUGCACCGGCUACUACGGUCGACCCCUCCUCUACUGCCACCGAGACCCCUGCCCCCAUCAAGAAAAGUCGUGGUUGCAAAGCCAAGAAAUGA